AUGCCAGUUGGAAAUGAGUCACACCAAAAGUUAAACAUCUCGAGCUCAGAUGUCGAAGCUCAGUCGGCGCGCUACGUCAUUGGUUUAGAUUGUCUGGAGCACCGAACGGAGGGCUGUAACUUUGCAGACACCCUCAGAUUGACAUUUUACCUCCAAAUGCCCGAUGCUAACAAACCAGAUAGCGGCUUGUGGAAGAUACGCUUUCGUUGCAACCUCCACGAUACCGCCGAAGAUAUCAAAUUAUUCGAGGGCCAUGGUUUAACUGAAAUAAAUGAAGAGGUGGAGCGAGCGAUAAAGGAGGCUGUGGCAGUGAUGCUGCGUGGUCUACAGGCGGAUGCGAAUUCUAUUCCUCUAAAUCACGACUACGUCUUCUACCCACAACUCUCACCUGAACUAAAAAACAUUUCCGGAUGCACCUCACCACCUGUAACUGCGCCGACAAAAACGAAAAAUGAGAAGGUCAGCAGGCCCACUUUCGUGCCAGCUGCCGUCGCCAAUCCAGCCGCUGCAUUUGUAAGUAGAGACGUGGACUGCGAAAGACCAACCACUCCGCAGACUGGUGAAUGCUCCUUCGUAACAUUGGAGGCGCCUUUUUGCACGCAUUCACUUCUCGCACAAAUCAACACUCACUUGAGGAGAGCACGCCCGUUUCUUGUACUGCCAGAAAACACCCAACAUCCUGUAGUGGAUUUGUCUAUGCUGAGUUCCGGCAGUUCAUCAACAAAAAUUGGCGAUAAUGUUACCCUUUCCAUUAAUAUUCGUGAAGGGUUGGUGAAUGUAUCGAAUUCGGCUCAUAUUUCAAAGAAUACUUCACUUACAGAAGCUGGUGUGGUCGCAUCUCAACCAAAUGGUCAGCAGCAAAAUGUAAAUUACUAUAACCUCUCAAGUGAACCAGUACCGAAAAACAACGCUGGGCACUUUAUCCAGGUACCCGCCACUGUUACUCCUCAGACCGGAUCCAGAUUAUCACAAACUCAAAAUCAACAGAUGUCGAUUGAGAUGGCAACACUAUCUGCGAAUCCGUCACUGCUUCUUGCCACUGCGGCCACGUUGAGCGCAAACAACUCCACAGCACCUCAGCCAACAUUGGCUGGUCUGUUAAAUCUCCAAACACCGUCAGUGGAAUCACCGUGGGGCAACCUGACCUGCUCACCCCCGAAUUCAUUCCCACCUUCCACCCCCUCCCUUUUGAAUACAGACGCACUGAAACAGAUUCUUCUGCGUACCGCACUGGAAAGCGCGCACCAUCAUCAGCAGCAACAACAACAACAACCGCUGCUAACUCCUUGUGCUACAACGGUUCCAGCAAAAUUAACUACACCCACUGCUACCCUCAGUGUCCCUGUGCAACCGGGACUUGUUUCCUCCACCAAUGUCAAUCCUCAAAAUAUCAUAUAUGAACAAAUGAUUUGGCCUAAUAUGCCUACCAAGCUGGUAGUUGUAGUUCCACCGACAUUUAUCCAUCAAGGUCAGCCGCUAGCACCACAGCCAUCAGUAGCAACGACAGCCGCUGCUUCCUCGGUGGCAAUGACAACAGCAGUACCUAGAUUUGUGAGAAAGCAUCGUUCCUUCAUCGUCAGUGAACCUGCUACCGCCGCCUCCAUCACCACCUAUUUCAGAACAUGA